UUUUUGAACUCCCAUCUUCUUGACCUGCCUGAACUGAAUAUAUAUAUAUACAAAAAAAGCUCAAACAAACCGUUACUUUACACUAAAUUUUGGGGCUUUUCUUUAAAUAUAAUUUAAAUUUAUCUUUGCCAAUUCAUUCAUCCCAAAUUUGGAGUCUAAUAAAUAGAAACAAAAUGAGUACUAUUUGUUUGUAGAAAUUCCCCUUUUUUCGAUUAAACUUCAUAACCACUUCAAAAACACUCCCCCACUAAUUACAACAAUUUCCCCUCAAGAAAUAUCCAAACCUCUUCCCCUUAAUUGACUGACUGAUAUAUCCCACGAAAAAUCUUGGGAAAUUCCACACACCCAUGUGAAAGGAUUUUUGUUCUGUUCAUCAAGGGAUAUCUCAUUUCUUCAAAUUUCUCAAAAUGGGUCUCAAAGAUCUUCGUCUCAAACUCAAGGGUCUUAGAUUGGGAAGGUUUCUGGCGAGGAAUACAAGGAAGAAACGACGGGGGACGGCGGCACCGGCGGCGGUGAGUAAGGCGUCGUGGAUGGCGCCGGUGAACCAUGGGUAUCAUGUGGUGGUGGAUCAAUCGUAUUCGAAUGUUUGGGGAAAAGAAUCGGACUAUGACUCUGUUGUUGUGCAGAGAGAACAGAUGGAAGGGAUUGAGUUGUGGUUUUUUGGGGUUUUUAAUCCUCAAAUUGGUGAUCAAGUCAUCAAGUUCAUGCAAACCCAUUUCUUUGAUAAGAACUUUCAUGAGUCACAAGUAAAAGGGAAAGGAAGAGAGGCAAUGAAAAAAGCACAUUUGAAUGCAAGAACAAAGGUGAGAGAAGCAAAGGAAGGAAAAGAUCAGGCAUGGAAAAUGGGAUCAUCUUCAGCAUUGGUCAUUGAUGGAGAUAAAUUGGUGAUUGCUACAAUGGGUGACUAUAGAACCAUUGUAUGUGAAGAUGGUCUUGCUCAUCAAAUAAGUUGUGAUCAAGAUCCAACCUCUCAACGUUGGUCUCGUAGAUUAAUGCUCGGAAUGAAGCCUCGGAAAAGCUCUGAACUUGUGCUUGCAACGAAAAGAGUGAACUCGGAAACUGAAUUUGUGAUAUUGGGAAGCCAUGGCAUAUGGGAGGUGAUGAAGAAUCAAGAGGCAGUGAAUUUGAUAAGACACAUGGAAGACCCACAGGAAGCAGCGGAGUGUUUGGCGAAGGAAGCAUUCACUAGAAUGAGUAAAAGUAGUAUUUCGUGUUUGGUUAUUCGUUUUGACUAAACUUUUUUAUAUUUCCAAAUCCUCCUUUUCUUAUUUAUUUUCUCUUUCACAAUUUGGGUUAUAAAUGCUUUGGUGUACAUAAUGAGCCAGCCAUAUAUAGUUUUUACUCUAAAUACAUUCCAUUCCCUUCAUAAACUCUCUCCUCCAAAAACCAUAAACAUACAAAUUUUGGACACCUUAUUUCUUAUAUUUUCUUUAUAAUAUAUAUACACUUUUAUUCUGAGGCUGUCCAGACAUAUACUUUAGACUGCCCAGAUAUCUAUCUAUUCUACCCUCACGACUCCACAAAGCCACAGGAGUCUAUCUUUUGUUAAUGUCAAAUCAACUAGUAUAUUUAUAAAGGCAAAUAUGAAAUCUAUAACUAUUUAUGAA